CUAAGUAUCGUGGGUCAACCCAGCCCCCGCGCGUAACAGAUACAGAAAAGAAGAGCGGAUAAAUUUAGUUUAUAUUUUUUGAUCAGUUUUCUUUUUUCGGCUGUCAUUUUAUUUUAAAACAAAAAUUAACUGAAAAAUGUAAUUCUGACUACAUCUUUGAAUCAUUUAUUUGUAGUAAUUGAUCUAUCUAUUCUUAGUGCCAAGUUAUGCUUGCCUUAUCGUAUGAACAAUGUGUGGAGCCCGGCUUAAGAACGUUUGUUAUUUAUUUUAAUUUGAAGGUUACCCCGGUCAAAUAUUAUUUCAAAUAAUUAUUCCAAGUAAAACGGACAAUUAUUACCUAACUAUUGUUUUUGUUUCUGGUGACAUAAAUCGUAUAAAUACCAGUGGCAUUUUAUAAAAUUUGUUAAUCUUCGACGAGCUUUCAGCAUAAUAUAUAUUCAAAAUGUUCAACAAAAUUACUGUAUUGUUUUUAGUGGCGGCUUUUGUAGCUGUGGUCAGUGCUCUCACUGAUCGUGAACAGUUUGAAGACUAUAAAAAAAAGUUCAACAAACAGUACACGGCAGAAGAGGAACAAACCCGUUUCAAAAACUUCCAGGAUACUUUGAAGCAUAUUGAAGAAAACAAGGCGAAAUUCGCAAGAGGAGAAGUUAGUCACACCGAAGGAAUCAACCAAUUUGCCGAUUUAAGCGCAGACGAAUGGUCGCACCGCAACCAUGGACUAAAAAGACCAUGAAUAUUGCAUUUUUAAAUUGAUUGUCACUGUCUCUAUAAAAUAAAUCCGUUCUUAAUU